AUGGCGGAGCACGAUGCCCGACAGCUGCAGCGUCGCUCGUCGUCGCGCACCUCCUCGUCCUCGCGGCAUAGCCAGAAGGCGAAAACCGUCCGCGCCAUCCCCCAGAAACGUCUAUCCGCUUCGUCCAACACCACCACCGACCUGACCUCGUUCCCCUCGCUUUCGCCCGAUCGCUCGCCCGAGGGAUUCCUCGGCCAGCCCGCCUUAAAUAGCGCCUUGUCGAACGCGUUGUUGGAUAGUGAUAACGGUGAUGCGGCCAGCGACACGAGUCGGGACCGCCGGGCCACCCUGGCCAAGCUGACCGGUGGGCUCCCGCCGUCUUCAGGUCGCGCUUCUCUGUUCGGGGACUCGGUUCCAAUCCGCGAUGUCCCCGGCGCGCUGCAUCUGGCGGACGACGCGCACAUCGAGCGGUUGAUUGCGGGCACCGGAGCCGUCAAGUUGGUUCGACAGUUCGCCCGCGACUUGGCGCAGCGUGAUGCCGAGAUCUCGGCGCUGCGGCAACGGGCCGACGCGCGGGAGAGGGAGUUGAAGAGGAUGCUGCGGGAGGUCUCGGUCUCGAACCAAGACAUCGAGCGACGGUUGUACGGGCUAGAGAAUGCCCCGAGCAAAUCGGACCAGGAUCGAGUAGAUGACGGUAAUCACAUGGAUUCGGCGGUCAAUUCUUCUUCUGGCGUCCACGGGCUAAUGCAGCAAGCCUUGACCGACGGAGUAGGCACGCAUACGCACGAGGAAACCUCGGAUUCAGCGCCGCAGACCCAGGCCACCCUCCGUCCGCAGCAACGCGCCGAGGGCGACUCCCGAUCGGGCACCUCGAGCGCGGAAUCAGGAACCACUCGCAAGAGACAGAGUUCCAUGCGCAGCUGGCAGGAUUAUAUCUUUGGAAGCACGGCCGGCAGCCGCAAGACCAGCCGUGCGAGCAGCAUCAUGAGUGAGGUUGGGGAAAUCGAGGAAGAGGGCCAGCAUCCGCGCAAUGGCAGCAAUCCUUCAUUGGCUCGACGCAAGGCUCUUGACGACCAGCUCUUUCAGCCGCCACCCGAUGGGCAGGCGGUGCCUGUGGCGGGAGAUGGCAAGCGGCAGCUAGGUGUGACUUCCAAUGGGGACGAUAACAGCGUCCACUCUCGCAAGUCUUCAAAAUCCCUAUCGUCUUGGACCCUCAAACUGUUUGCAGGGAACUCCCAGCCGAGCAAGGACGAAAACGAUGCGGACAGCGCGCGCACUGCAGCUUCGUCAAACGCACGGGAGAGAAGUAAGGCUGAUCCGUCAGCGGCUCAGGCGAACCCCAAAGGCGCCAUGUCGGCGGUCGCAGCCUUGAAACGAAUCAAUAGCAAUGCCAGCAUACAUGGCGCGCCGGGAAGGUUGGGGAACGGGUCGGCCAGCCUAUCCAGAUCGAACCAAGUCGCGCGGAGGAAUGCGGCCACCAGCGUUUCGCAUGGAUCCGCCUCGGAGAGUGCCGAUAAGAACGCAACCAACCUUGGGCCUGUGGAGAUGGAUGCCAUCCUCCCGAUGGAGUCACGACCUCCAACGCUGUCUCACAUUUACAAUUACCAGCCCGGCGAGCUUUUGACCGACAGAUUCGGAUUCAUUUACGACCAGCGUCGAAAGAAGAGACAAAGAGAUGCCGGCUCUAUCAAGAAUUCCGGCAAUCGUCUGAGCAUCGCGGAAACCCUCAGCAGCUUUCGAAGCGAUAAUUCUGACGGCGACGACGAGCGCGAAUCUCUGAAUCAGCCACCGUCUGCAGGAUCACAGCGCUCCCCGGAUUCGGCAUCUCCCGAGGACCCCGAGGCCGGCGGCGUUGCGAUUCGGAGGUGGCAAGAUUACUUGAGAAUUGCCACAGGGCCGGCAGAGUUACUCUCCCAUACGCCGUCUGCCGGUCCUAUCGUGUCGUUAGCAACCGGGGAACCCCCGCGGAAUCCAGCAGUGAGCGUUGACAAACGUGGCUCUCUUUCGGUUAAUCAAAAUCUUGAACCGUCGGCAUCUACAUCCACGAUCACGGCCGACCGCCCUGAAUUCUCCGGCGUGUCGAGCGAUGAGCCGGUCGUGACAGCUACAUCUUCUGCGGCGAAGGAGAACGAACCUGUCAAGCUGCUUCUUGAGCAGCUCACCGAUCUCCAUGACACCUUGCAGCGCGACAGAACAGUCAGAUGGAAUGAGUUCCUUCGCAAGGUGCGCGCGGAGCGCAGGAAAGAAGGCGAGGCUGCGGCAGCCGCCGCGGCCGCAGCAGACCGACCACUGCAAUCCGUCGACACGCCGGAAGCGUCUCUCGCCGACGGCGAAGUGGUGGGCAUUGCUGGCCUCGGGAACAAGGGCAAGGUAGGCCGGGCCAAGUGGCGCGAGUUCCGGACGCUUGUACUCGGGGGCAUUCCCGUCGCCCUCCGUGCCAAGGUCUGGUCCGAAUGCAGUGGCGCGUCGUCCAUGCGGGUACCGGGAUACUAUGAUGAGCUCGUGAAAGGGACAGACGGCUACGAUCCAGAUGCGUCGGUUGUUUCGCAGAUCGACAUGGACAUCAACCGCACCCUGACUGAUAAUGUGUUCUUUCGGAAGGGGCCUGGUGUGGCGAAAUUGAAAGAGGUUCUUCUGGCGUAUUCUCGUCGCAACUCGGAAGUUGGGUACUGCCAGGGUAUGAACCUCAUCGCCGCGUCUUUGCUGCUGAUCACCCCAACAGCUGAGGAUGCGUUUUGGAUCCUGGCGUCGAUGAUCGAGGUCAUUCUCCCGCAGCAUUACUACGAUCAUGGUCUUCUUGCGUCCCGCGCCGAUCAAGUCGUGCUGCGGCAGUACAUCUCCCAGGUGCUGCCCAAACUCGCGGCUCAUCUUGAGACACUGGGCGUCGAGCUGGAGGCGUUGACGUUCCAAUGGUUCUUAUCCGUCUUCACCGACUGUCUCUCGGCAGAGGCACUCUAUCGUGUCUGGGACGUGGUUUUGUGUCUGAACGUCACCAGCGUCGUGAACAACGGCAACAGCUCCAACGCCUCGACCAACCAACCCACCACCGCUCCUCGAGACGCGAACGAUGCCAACGCGUCCGCCGCCAAAGACGUUGCGUCCGGCAGCGGCGGCGGCAGUACAUUCCUCUUUCAAGUCGCGCUUGCUCUGUUGAAACUGAACGAGCAGCAGCUUUUGACCACCUGCUCCACGCCUGCGGAAAUCUACACCUACAUCAACCAUCAAAUGACCAACCACGCCAUCAGCAUCGACGGCCUGAUCCAAGCCAGCGAGGCCUUGCGCAACGUAGUCCGUCGCGAAGACGUGGUGGCACGCAGAGCAGACGCAUUACGAGACAUGCGAGAAUUCGGAGGUGGUCAGUCAAAUGCAGAUACUGACAGUUGA